GAUCCUUAUCCCUCCUCUCACAUCCACCUCUCCUCCGCGCCCUCCUUUCACUUACCCUGCACAGAACCAGCUGUUUCGGCACAGCGCGCUGCACUUCGUUACCGCAUUCUUUUCACAGCACCGUGCGCCAGCCUCGGGAGGCAUGGUGCGUGCGAGCGUUCUGGCCUGUCUCGCCCUGGUCGGGUCGGCGCUGGCCGCCGACGUCCCCGAGCUGAGCCUCCUUCAGCGCGGGGAUGAGCUCGACGGCGGCUUCGGGGACGAGUCAGAGCUGACGGUCGGCGACGAGCUGGAGGACAUGAUCGAGGUGAUGGUGGAGGGCAGGCCGAAGGGGCGCAGGGCCAACCCCACGCACAGGUCCAAGGACAACUUGACCGCCUCUCUGGACCAGAUCAUCCCUCUCCUGCAGGCCGACUUCAAGAAGAAGACCGAGGCCCUGAAGAGGACGCUCCGGGCCUUCAAGGAGAAGCAGACGGAGCUUGAUUUCGCAAAGAAAGAAGCCACACUCGCCAUGAAGGAUCUGCGUAAGGAGGCGGAGAAGCGCCGCAAGGUCAUUCUGGACAGGAAGAGGGCGAAGGAGGACGAGCGUCUGGCAAAGAUUGAGGCCCACCGCGCCGCCAAGGAGGCUAUGAUCAAGAAGGCGCAGAUGCUCAUGGGCGCAAAGGCCAACUCCGAGAUGUCGGGCAUGCUGGGCGAGGUCACUCUGGGCAUCAUGGUCGAGGUGAUGAUGGCCCUCCCCAAGGCCACGGAGAAUCCGCUCUUCAUGAAGCGCAUCAACAAGGCCAAGGUCGAGAUCGCCAACACCGUCCAGGACUUUCUGAACAUCACCCGCCGCAAGACGGCGAAGUUCGCGCUGGCGAGCGGCAGGGCGUCGGACGUGGAGCUGUCGUUCCUGAUGACGCGCUACUUCCACGAGGCGUCGUUCCGCGUCAAGUCCAUGCAUGCGGACGCGCAGAAGCUCGCCAGGGACCUCAACGUCGUGAUGCCAAGGGAGCUGCGGCAGGCCUUCAUGCCCAUCAUCAAGCAGCUGCGCGAGCAGGCGGUCCCGCUGCGCGUGAACGCAAGCGCGCUCGCGGCUGCGUCCCAGGCCGACGCGUGCAACGAGAUAUCUGGGCUCAUGUCAAACAUUACGGACUACAACACAAAGCUCGCGACCAUGCACACCUCCCUGCACAAUAUUUGGCAGAUGUCCGAGCUCAUGCUGCCCCACAUGAGCAAGAUCUACCCCAUGACGCCUGAGACAAUCGACCUCGUCAAGGACUUCAUGUCGCUCGCGACAACUCAGUGCGCUGGUCUGCAGGAGUCCGCGGACGAGAUCGUGACACAGGUCGGUCCAGUCAUCAGCGAGCGCAUGCAGUGCACAUGGAGUGCGGCAAAGCCGCGCUUUGGCCUGGGCUUGGCCGCAGUGCUGGCGGCGCUGGUCUCCCACUUCUUCGCCUGAGGCGGGGGGGGCACACCUUCGAGCACCAAGCCUUCACAACGCAUCUUGCUGUUCGCACUAUGUCGGGCCCCUCGGCCUGUGUUACGGUACUGACAGCGGAGGUGUAUUGAAUGAUUGGCAUGCGCGAAACUUUGAAUACCCUCAUGCGUUAGACCUUGCCUCUCAUGUGUGGGAGCUGGCGAUGUUGCCGUAAUGCAUGUGAACCCGCAUUUUGUCUAUCGAUAAGGCCGUGGAGCGUGGCAUUUCAGCUGCGAUAAUUGUUGGCAAUGCUGCUGCUAAUCGAUUGUCUGGCGAGGCUGCUGAUUCUGAUCGGGUGCCGAACCGGGGUGGAUCUCAAGUGGCCUUUGCCGAACGGAAGGCUGAACUCGUCAGGCGUUGGCUUCUCCAAGCAAUGCUCGAAGCCUUUUCUACCGAAUUCUUGUCGGUGGUUUCAGUGCAAAGAGACGAACGCAGGUCCAGCUAUCCGUAGGUCGCACAUGGCAGCCGCCUUGACUAGCCAACAUUCGCCGCGCGACAGCGGCAACAGUUGCAGUCGUUGCCCAGUGCCGUUGCAGCGCAAUUGCGAGCGUAUUUUCAGAAGUGGUUGGUGAUUCCCUGCGUUGCCUUGUAGUGUACAGCUGGCGACCGCUCUCUGCAUUACGGCUCCUUUUGCGUCUUUACGUUUUGUCACACGUGCCAUAUCAGACAACAUA